AUAUUUGGAUUUGAACUUGGAAUUCAUCUUACGAUGUCAUUGUCAGAUGGAGGACCAGUUGGAUAUACCCCCCCAGAUGGAGGCUGGGGGUGGGCAGUGGUUGCUGGUGCUUUUGUUUCUAUUGGUUUCUCUUGUGCAUUUGGCAAAUCUAUUUCUGUAUUUUACAAAGAAAUUGAAAAUAUAUUCAAUGCCAGCACCAGUGAAGUGUCCUGGAUAUCCUCCAUCAUGUUUGCUGUCAUGUACGGUGGAGGUCCUAUCAGCAGUGUCCUGGUGAACAAGUAUGGCAGCCGCCCGGUCAUGAUUGCUGGGGGCUGCUUGUCCGGCUGUGGCUUGAUGGCGGUCUUCUGUAACACCGUGCAGGAGCUUUACUUGUGCAUUGGCGUCAUCGGAGGUCUUGGGCUCGCCUUCAACUUGAAUCCAGCUCUGACCAUGAUUGGCAAGUAUUUCUACAAGAAGAGACCAUUGGCCAAUGGACUGGCCAUGGCAGGCAGCCCUGUACUCCUUGCUAUCCUGGCCCCCCUCAGUCAGACUCUCUUUAAUAUCUUUGGCUGGAGAGGAAGCUUCCUAAUUCUUGGGAGCCUCCUGCUAAACUGCUGUGUAGCUGGAUCCCUGAUGCGGCCAAUAGGGCCCAAGGCAACUGAGGCUGAGAAAGUUAGGUCCAAAGAAUCUCUCCAGGAAGCUGGCAAAUCCAGUGCAAAAAUAGGUGCAGGUGAUGCAAGUACAGAAAGUAAUGAAGGAAACCGCAAUGAGGAGAAACUACUGGCAUUCCAAACAAUUAGCAAAGUCUUGGACUUGUCCCUGUUCACUCACAGAGGCUUCGUUCUGUACCUCUCUGGUAAUGUGAUAAUGGCCUUUGGACUGGCUACUCCUUUAGUCUUUCUUAAUAGUUAUGCCAAGAGUAAAAAUUAUGCUAGUGAGAAGGCUGCCUUCCUUUUCUCUAUUUUGUCUUUUGUGGAUAUCAUAGCCAGACCUUCCAUGGGACUUGUAGCCAACACAAAGUGGAUCAGACCUCGAAUCCAGUAUUUUUUAGCUGCUGCUAUUAUGGCAAAUGGUGUGUGUCAUAUGGCACUGCCUUUAUCCACCAGCUACGUUGGCUUCUGCAGCUACUCUGGAUUCUUUGGUUUUGCCUUUGGGUGGCUCAGCUCCGUAUUGUUUGAAACACUAAUGGACCUCGUUGGACCCCAGAGGUUCUCCAGCGCUGUGGGCUUGGUGACCAUUGUGGAAUGCUGCCCUGUCCUCCUGGGGCCACCACUUUUAGGUAGUCUCAAUGACAUUUACGGCGAGUACAAAUACACGUACUGGGCGUGUGGCGUCAUCCUCAUCAUCGCAGGUGUCUAUCUCUUCAUUGGCAUGGGCGUCAAUUAUCGACUUGUGGCAAAAGAACAGAAGGCAGAGGAGCAGAGAAAGGAAGGGAAAGAGGACGAGACUGGUAUGAACUCAGAUGAGAAGCCAAAAGAAGUCACAAAAGCAGCAGCUGGCACAGAACAGAAAGGCCUGGAAGAGAAGCAUCGGUCUGAAGUAUGGAUAACAGCAGGAGAUUUUGACUGAAAGUACUGGAAGCAGUCUGCUGAACCCUGUUCUUCUAGUGCUGCUUACGGUGGAUGGUGGAGUUUGUGGGGAAUCACACCAGUAUUCACUGGUGGCGUUUUAUUUCUUUCUUUCACGGAAGUCUAAAAUAAAUUCAUCAAUCCCUUGGGGACAGAAGAUUU